ACGCGGAAAAACUGCACGCGGAGAGGUGAUCACGCAAAGGAAGUUUCUACAGUUAAAAAGAGAAAGACGUGCAUCAGAUGUUUGUCAGCAGAAGAUCUCAGCCGUCUUUCUAAGGCCCAUGGCAGUUCUGGGCGUUCAGAGAUGAGUCUGACACCCAUUCUUGAAGAAACGCUGAUCAAACGUUCUCAGCAGAAGAAACGGACGUCUCCGCUCAACUAUAAGGAGAGAGUGUUUGUGCUGACCAAGAGCAAGCUGACGUACUAUGAGCUCCGAGCCGAGAAGAGGUUCAAGAAGGGUUCGGUGGAUCUGCAGAGGAUCAGGUGUGUGGAGAUCGUGAAGAGCAGCACCACCAUCAUCCCCUGCCAGAACAAAUAUCCCUUCCAGGUUGUUCAUGAUUCCAUCAUGCUGUAUAUUUUUGCUCCCAGUAAUGAGAGACGAAGCGUUUGGGUCCAGAACCUCAAGGAAGAGAUCAAGAAUAACGUUCAGAUCGCAGCUAAGUUCCACCCUCAGUUCUGGCAGGAGGGCGAGUGGCUGUGCUGCGGGCAGGUGGAUAAACUCGCCCUGGGCUGCGAGGGAUACAACCUGUUCGGAGACAGUAAGAGUCCUGCAAUAUGAACCAAUUCAGCACAGUUCACACUGGGUCGCUAAAUCAAUGCAGAAUCAACAUAAAUACUACAUAUUGUAAUAACAAAUAACAUGUUGAAAAUCAUACAUGUUUAGCUCAUUUCUAAAUGCAUGUUAAUGAUCUUAAUGUGAACGAUUCAUCCAUGUAUGUUCCCUUUCUACUUUUUUUUAUUUUUAAUAAGAAUGUCAUAAGUGGAUCUUCUCUCUAGUGUCAUAUGCAGGAUUUCUCCAAUCAAGAAACUCCGCCCCUUUAUUAUAAUCCACGGCAAGCUCACAUUAAGACCCGCCUCCAUUUCUGAGAGCCACACCCAC